CAUCAACCCAUCCAAUCUACCCAAACAAUGAUUUGCCAACGGUGCCUACGGGCCUCUUCUCGCCUACGGCCUCCCCAUCGCUCUUCGAAUAUUGCUCCCUCAACCAGUGCUCUUAAUCCCGCGCCGCUGCUCCGCAUACCUCACCACCCCUUCUCCACCACCAGCCCACAGCAAACACAACCUACACAACCCCAAUCCGCCCCUCCACCGGCCGCGACCUCUUCCUCUGCUGCUCAACCCUUCACCACACCCCUAACGCCCUCCCCAGCCGCCGAAGGCACACCCACCAAGCCCGCGCCCGCCGCAUCCGUCGUCACGCUUUCCUCCGUGCCAGCAGGAACGCCGCUCAAAGGCCUAAACUUCCUAAAAAACGCGCAGGAUCCCGUGGCACUAGAGGAUUCCGAGUAUCCAAGCUGGUUAUGGGAUAUUCUGAAGAAGCAGGAAACGAAAGGGGAUGGGGUCGGCGAGGGAGAUCUGUUCUCUAAAUCAAAGAAACAACGUCGACUCGCCGCAAAGCGCAUGCGCAAGCAGGAACUCCGCGACCCGGACGCGCUGGCGCCUAAGAUCCCGAUCUACGAGCAGUCGAUUGAUUUGCCGGCUGGCAACGGUACGGUGCAGGGAGCGGUGCAGGCCGCGGCUGCGCGCAAGGAGUUGCAGAAGGCGAUGCGCGUGAAGCGACGUGGUACCAUUAAGGAGGGCAAUUUCUUGAAGACGAUGGGCUAGAGAAGAUACCUUUGUUGGGGCUGUGGGUUGGACGAAUGUAUAAAAGCUGUGUAUAUGGAUACUGCUCUUAGCUGAGCAAGAGUUGGAGUAUGUGAAGCAUGGGAGCUGAAGUGUGUCAUAUGCGAGAAAUGUACUAUACUGUUCGCCAAAGCACACCCGCAUGUACGCCUCCUCGUGUCAAAACUUGCGUCAGAUCGACCGGAACAAAGUACGAAGGGUGCCUCCCCACAAUGCCAUGUGCUCGUCUUCUUUUCUUACUCGGAAAGCCCUUCGAAGCACUUCUGGCUGGGUAUGCCUGUCUCGUUCUCAACCUCCUCAGGUCCAAUCUCGCGUCUUUUACUUUUCCAUACUUCCUCGGACUCGGUUGCCAGUCUCUUUUAGCAUCUCAAAUCCGCGACACCCCAGAUCAAGUUAGCGAUAUAGGUCAAAUUACAGUACAUCAAGAUGCA